AUGGAGGAGUCUAGUACUGCCGAGUUUCCUGGCUUCCAAACAUUUCAUAAGGAUGACUUCGUAUUUGGAAGAUCUUUAAGCCGUUUGCAAAGGCGAGCUCCCUCCCCUCUUCAGCUUAAACCUAAAGUCCCUUCGGCAUGCAAUGGUGCAGCAGCGAAAUCAUUUGUGGGCACUUCAAAUUCCUCUUCUUCAUCAUCAUCAUCAUCUUCAUUGAACUCUUUCUAUUACAGUAAAGAUCCCAUACCUCUACUUUCGCCUCUGGUGUCGCCUUCUUUGCUUGAAUCUGCCUAUGUUCAAGAGGGAAAUACAACCAAAUCCCAUUGA